UUUUCAUUUCGUAGGUAAAUAAAUGAGAUUCAUCAAUAUUGCAUUAUUUCUUCGUAACAACUGUUCACUAAACAUCUGAAGUUAAAAAAUAUAUACACUUUUUACACUUUUUAAGUAACAAUUUUGUGAAUUGUGUCAAUAGCGUUGCAUAAAGGCGUUCAAAUUUGAGAGUGAAAUUAGACAAGUUAUGGAUCAAGACAAGCCAGAAAGCAGUUCAAAUACUUCAAAUCCCGGAAAGAGGACACGACCUUUGCUACUCCAACCAAGUCCAAAGAUUGCUAGAAUAUCAGCGUACGCAAGUUCAACUUCUAGCGGGGUGUUGAAGAACUCCAAAAAGUUUGGCCCUCAUUCUCCUAAGAGAGCUAAAGUAUCGUAUAAUAAAAGUGAUGUGCCACCUCCAGGUACUCCUGUGCCUGAUAAAUACGUUCGUAAGGCUGGACCUUACCUACUGGGGCCUAAAGUUGGCCCCAGUCCAGUUAAAAGCAUAGUGCAGUGUUUAGCAAGGAAAGAGAGAACUGAUGAGUUCUAUCAGGUGAAGAUCUUAACCUUACGGAAUGAAGGUCAACCUGAGACGCAAGAUGAUAGACAGGGCAAGAUGCUGUUGCAUACAGAGUAUUCCUUGCUAUCUUUACUGAAGGACCAGGAUGGUGUUAUUCAUCAUCACGGUUUGUUCAAGGACUAUGCCUUAGAAGAAGUUCCGAAUCCCAAUGGCAAUGGAUAUAUCUACACGGGUCGCGUCCGUCAGCGGUUGUUCCUUGUGCUAGACUGUGUCAGUUCACAUCAGUUCAGUGAAAAAGGCUCCGAGCUAGUCAACCUACAACAAUAUGUUACUAAAGUGAAGAAAGUUCCUGAGAAAGAGGCGAUACUGAUAUUCUAUGAUAUCGUCAGGGUUGUCGCUAACUUGCAUAAGAGGAACAUAGUACAUCGUGAUUUAAAAUUGGGCAAUAUAGUGUUGAAUCAGCGGACAGGACGUAUCACCAUCACCAACUUUUGCCUCGGUACACAUCUAGGCAGUGACCGGGAUCUCUUGAAGGACCAACGAGGUUCUCCUGCUUACAUAUCACCCGAUGUUUUACUAUGUAAGCCGUACUUAGGCAAGCCUUCGGACAUGUGGGCGUUAGGUGUCGUUCUAUAUACGAUGCUCUACGGCCAGUUCCCGUUCUGCGAUACUAGUCUAGCUCAAUUAUUUAGCAGGAUACAAGCUGCCAAUUAUAAUAUACCUCCAGACGGGAAUACGGUACAGGUAUCAGACAACACGAUUUUCCUAAUACAACGGUUGCUGGUCAAAGAUCCGAAGCAUAGAUUGAUAGCUGAUGAGGUAUUAGACCAACUUUCAAGUAUAAUAGCAAGUUACGUGAUCGUUCCAAAUCCACCAGAAGAUUUGCAAGUCGUUCCGGAUGUACCACUAGAAGAGGACAACAAAGCAAAGUCUCCUACAGGGGUGCAAUCUUCUACCGAAGUCGAUAGGAAGCCAUUCUUGACUAUACCUGAGAGUAAUGGAGAACGGACGCCUAAUGCUUCGGAGGAACUCGGAGUAUUCUGCGUACCGUUACCAGACUUCAUAGCAGUAAACUUCUCGAAUUCCACCCGAGUAAACCAAAAUAGCCUCAUACUUCAACCGACGAGUGCACCGGUCGAUCCAUCCGCCCUCGCAGCACUGAACCAACCACGAAACAUUACCGUCCAACGAAUCGGUAGGGACGCCAGACCUCUCCUACCAGCCGAAAUAGCCAGGUACCAACACAUGUUUGCCUCCAAUCCUACACAAAGACAGGAACCACCGCGUAGACCAGACGCUGCAAACUUUGUACCAGAUUCAAGGCAGGAAAGACCUACAUCUAGACUCCAAUCUCUCGCUCAACGCAUUCCCAGGCUCAUUCCUCCCAUUGCAACCACCUCAGGACAGACAUCAGCUGACUUUAGGGUCAUACAAUGGCCUGAGCCUCGUCCCAGAGGAUGGGACAACGACUAUAUACUUCGUUUACCAGUUCUAGAUCUUUCUAGAGUGAAUAAUAAUAGAAUAAUGAAUCCUGCACCUGUUCACACGGUUAAUUCCGAAGCUGUCGUUAAUAAUCCUAGGCCUAAUCCAAUCGAUCCAUCUGACGCUGAUUAAAAGAGUUGCCAAGUAAAAAAUAUGUGUUUUCUUACAAGGUGACGAUUUUAGUAGAUGCUAUCUUUUAAUGUGAUAGUGAAUUGAUUUGUACCCUAAUACUCGAAUUGUAUUCCUUAUUCCACUAUAAAAUUAAAUCGGUCUAGAUAAUGUUGUUAUUAUUUUCUUCAUAAAAAUCGACACUUCAGACAACUUACAGUCAGUAAGUUUGUCUUAUACUUACCCGGUUUCUGAAAGGCUUGUCAACGAGAUUAAAUUGAUUUUAACAUUGAUCGGCCUUUCGGAAACCGGGUGUUACUGUACAAAAUUUUGUAUGACUCUAAUCGAGUCGCAUUUCAGUAUUAGGGCACAAAUUGUUAGGUUCUGUAUACUAAAUUGGAGACAAAAUUUGUUAAAAUCUCUUUUUACAACGUGUGUUCUUGGAAUUGCAAUAAGAAGUGUUUUAUCUGAAGCUAUGAUAGUUUUUAGGGACGAAAGUAGUAUUUGAUACUAAAAUGGUAGUGAAUAUUAAAACUGGUAGUUUUUAAAAGUGAUACUUGUAGAUAUAGUGUUUUUUACUGUCAGAUGUGAGUGAGAGGAGAAUAAGGAAUAAGAGUAAAAGAGAAAUUUGGGAACAAAGAAUGAAUAAGGAUUAGGAAGUUGUUGGUAUACGCGAGAGUGUCGAUAGUCGUAAUAAAAAGUUAGUGGAAAUGACGUAAAGCCAUCAGCCCUUACCCUGGUUGUGUCGGGGUGCCGUCCUAUUCUAUCAAGAGAGUGAGUGAACAGAGAGUACGUAUACGCUAUGAUUUUUCUGUUGAAAGAACACCAGUAAAGUAUAAAAUAAGAUUUUAGUCCAGUUAAGCAAACGUGUCCUCUAAUCCGGUGUAACAUAGUCUAAAAUUCUGCAGCCUUCUGUUGGAAUAGAAGGUAAACUCGAAUCAAUGCAUAAACGCAAACGCAAACCUAUGUAAAGGUCACACCAAGCCAUUCGAAACGGACAGAUUCUGUGAUUGUUAAAUAAUAGAAGUACACUGAUCACCCUGUUCGAAAUCGAUCAGGAGACAUCAUUAUUAGAAUUUUAUUAAGAAUGAAAUCAAAAAACAUUUAUUCCAAACAAACCAUAUUAAGUUCUUUUGAAACGUUAAAUAGAAUGAUAGUCAGUUAAUCUGUUUGUCAGUAAAGGCGCUCGUUCCAAAGUGUAGAUCUGAAUGAAAGAACGAUCAAGGAAAAUCCCACUAUAAAUAAAUGUCAGUUUAGUGUUUAGUGUCAGUUUGCUUUUACCCGAUCGACACGUGAAUGACGUUCGGCGCUGUGAUUCGCCUGCUUUAAGUUUACUAACCAAUCACAGGGCUGUGACGUAGUGACGUUCCGAGCAAAGUAAAAACAAUUCACACUCAGCCAUCUACUACAUUUUGUCUUCAAUUUAGUAUAUUAUUAAAAUUUAUCGUAACUAUAUAACUAGGCUCCCAAAUUUCCUUAAACGUCUGAAUUAAUGUAGUUAUCGUAUGUUUAAUAGAAACAAAUUGAUUUCAAAGUGUGGAGGGAAUUGUUUACAAGUAUAAGUUUAUUUUUUAUUAUUAUAAUCUUUUUAAGUCUGAUAUGUUUAAAUAAGUACUGUUUUAUAUUUAAGUAAUUUCUUUUAAAUUUGUUUUUCUUCUGAAUGUGUCUAGACAAGUGCUUAUAUGUUUUGGCGAAUGCUCUUCUCAAUCAAAGUCCUGAUUAAUGUUGGUUUCGCAAAUAUUUUUUGUACCUCUGCGGUGGUAAACACGAUUUUGUUUCUUGAUUGAAGCGUGAAGAAAUUUAAAUAUUGAACUACUUGUUGCAUAAGGAACAUUUACAAAAAAGCUUUUGAAUUUGUUUAGCAGCGGCGUAGCUAUAAAUUGGGGUCAAUGUCAAAGCGUAACAAGAAAAAGUAAAGUAAAGAAAAAGUUUUCGCUUACCUUUUAGGUGACCCGACCACCACUUUGUUUUUAUUAUCCACGUCUGUUAGAAGGAGAUAGAAAAAAGAGCUAAUUCACCGGUUUACCGCCUUAUAGUUACGUUACUGUUAUCUAGACAACUGUUUUUAAUUUUCCUUCGUUUUAAUUGUUUCUGCCUUGUUCUAGAUGUUCAACUCAAGAGAGUUGAUGUGAUUCAUUUUGUUUUAAUUCUUAUACAUAUUCAAAUUUGAUAAAUAAUCGGAUUUGAAUAACCAAUUGAUACUUAGUAGGAAUUUUGUAAAGGAUCCCGUUUUCUUAAAGUAAAACGUUGUCAACUCUUACGUGCUGUGUUAUUGAUUGAUGUAUAAUAAUGCUAGUUUCACAAUGGCCGAUUAAGUUAUUGUUAGUAUAAUUAACGGAUCAUUUCAUGUACUAUGUCUAUCAAUUAAGCUGUCAGACAUUUCGGAACGUGUCCUAAGACAAUCGAUAUAUACUCGAGCGUAAGAUUAUGACUAACGAGGCACAGAGGCAGAUCAACUGACUCUAAUUUGUCAAUUAUUCUUCAUAGAUAUCUAAUCUUAUAAUUACACAAUAAAUUUGAAAAUAUUGGCAUAUUGGCGUGGGUUGACAAGUUGACAGAAGUCGGGAUUCUAAUUAUUUAAACGCGUUUUUAUUUUAUGCAAGCAGUAUCAUUAAAAUGUUCAUCACUGUUAAGAUUAUUACUGACACUAUCAUUCGUACUUAUUCAAAUUU